AACUACACGUGCGCGAAAGCAAAAAAUGUAUUAAAAUACUAUCUUUAAAUUUGAAACGUGCACAUUUGUUUUAAAGAACGAUCAAAAAAAUGAAAGAUAAACCAGUUUCACACAAACACCAGAACACAUUUCAUUUUUUGACCUUUGCUGAGCGAAUCAGCAAAAUUAACAUAGAUGUUAUUCACCAAAUACGGAAAACUUCAUCCUGCCCUGAAGAGCAAAAUACAUUUUUCCUAGAAGCAAUUGAGAAAUGGGUUGAUCUCAAUUACUCUCAAGAUUACACUGAGCUUCAAAAAGAAAUUGGAUCUGAGAUUAGAAACUUGUCACAAAUUGUUUUUAGACAGAAUGAACUCAUUGAAAUACUCUUGAAAUAUUUGCGAAAAGAAGAAAGUUUAGCUCUAGAUGCUAUUUUAGAAUUGGUAGUUGCUUUGGCAAGGGAUCUACAGUAUGAAUUUUAUCCACAUUUUCCCAAGUUUUUCUCUGCAAUAACUCUACAUUUCUCAUCAAAAGACACUGAUUUGUUAGAAAAGCUGUUUACAUGUUUAUCCUAUUUAUUUAAAUUUUUAUGGCGGUAUAUGGUGAAAGAUAUUGAAAAUGUGUACAGAUUAUUUUCUUCUUUAUUAAGUGAUACUCAUCGAGAACAUAUUAGAGUGUUUUCUGUAGAAAGUUUUGCCUUUCUGAUUAGAAAAGUUCCAGAUAAAGAAAAGUUAUUUAGUUUUAUUUUUCAAGAUUUAGAGGAAAAUCCAAAGCAAGCUUUAGGCGUUGGACAGUUGAUGUUUGAAGUGGUGAAAGGUGUUAAGGAACAGUUUCAUAGUUGUACUGAAUCAGUAUUAAAACUUCUGUUUCAAUUCCUGGGAAACGAAAAGUAUUCUCUUGAGUUGAUUAAACAAGUUCUUGUUCAGAUGGUCAAUUUAAUGGCUAGACAUACAUCUCCUAAGUAUUGCUCAAUCAUUCAAAAAGUCUUUUGUGAAGUAAUUCAAAACCUAUUGCUGAGUUUGUCUGAAAACGAAUCAAAACCACAUGUGGAAAACCAUUUAACAAAUUUAUUGCAUUUGUUUCAUGUUUGGAUUACUUUCAAAAACGGAAAACUAAUUUCUUCCAAUAAAGUGAUUGUGCAGGUUUUAUUGGAUUUAAGUAAACUGAUAUACUUACCUGAGCAUUGUUUGGAAUCGAUUGUGGAUAUUCUAUCGUCUGUAAUGUUAUCUGACUGUGCAAAGUUAUCCGUUGAGCAUUUAAAAAAUUUGAUCAGUCAGAUAUAUACUUUUCCUGUGAAAAUGUACUUCCACUUCACCAGGAGCAUGUACAUGUAUGGAAUGUUUGAAAAGGAUGUUCUUCCAUGUGUCUUAACUUCUUGUUUGGAACUAAUCAAGUCUGGAGAUCUUGAAAAGAAACAUUCAGCUUUGGAAAUACUGUCAGAGAGCAUUUUAGCUAUCAGUCCUAUUUCAACUUCUAAACAUGAUGUGAAAUCUUUUAAAAAACUGUUGCCUUCAUGCAAUUUUAGUUCAAAAAGUGCUGGAAACGAUAUGAAUGUUAAUGUUUUGGAAAACGCUUUAUUUGAAAUUUUGAAAGUGACUGAAGACAAUGAAAUACAAAAUGCCAAUCUGAGAAAUUUAUGGUCCGCCCUUGUUUGUCUACCACAUGUGAGGCAUUUAAAUAUUGAGCAAGCUUCAAUCAUUUUACAAGAGCUUGCUGUAAAAGUCCAAACACAGUUAAUGGGAUUGCAAAAGGAUAAUUUGGAUUGUCUUGAAGAAUUUGGUUUUGUGCUUUGGCAGUCUUACUUUGUGUUCCUCGUUCUUGCAUGUGACAGUGAUAAAAGUUGUUUUACUACAAAUUUCUUUCUUGAUUUAUUAAGGAUGCACCCAACAUCUGUUGCCAUCCUUAGAAUUGCUGAUUUGCAUUUUAACCAGUUGAAAAUGCCCUUAUGUGAUAAGGACUUUCUGUGUGGACUUACGCAUAAUCUCUCCUCACCAUAUCAUUUGGUGAGACUCUUAUCUUUAAGAAUACUCUGUAGUUUUAAUAAUCGUACUCAAAGUUCUAAUAAAGAGGUUCUAUCCAUAUUUGAAAUCUGUCUUGAAGCUGAGAAACUCUCAUUUGAUGUGCAAAUUUAUCGGGAAAAGUUGAAGUGGCUUAGGAAGUUAGAUUAUCCAUAUGUUGAAAAGAGUAUACCUGAUGACUGUGAUGAGAAUCUCAAGAAAGAAUAUCUUAAGGCAGCUAUUCAGUACUUACUUGGCAUGCUUCUUGUCAACUUCCGUUUAUUAUGGGAUCCAACCUUGUCUGUAUUAGAAUCAUAUGCUCAUGGAACAACAGAAUUGUUUUGGGAAGUCUUUGGUGAACAUUUGGAUAAAGUAGUUAAUAUUUGUGAAAAUAGAUGCAGUGACACCUGCAAUGUAAUAGUCCAUGAAAACGAAGAUGGUGCAGAAUUUAAUAGAAACGUAGUUCAGUUCUGCAAGUGUGAAGAAAGCCCUGAUUAUAUGAAUCACCGAUUGCUGCUGUGGAAAGCUAUGGAGCAGUUCCCUGAUGUAGCCGAGAGGAAGAAUAAAGCAAUUGUUCCAUAUUUAUUUCGACUGAUUGGAAGUGAAAUUGUUAAAGUUGACACAUCAAUGGCUGCUACGGAAUCUGUAAACAAAAAGGAACUUUCUGCCUGUGAUAUUAGUACUUUGGAGGAAAAUUCUGGAAAUGCAAGCAAAAAAUUCAAUCUACCUCUGAAAAGGAAAUCAAAUUGUAAAGAAUCAUCUAAGAAAUCACGAAAAAAGCAUAAACAGGAUGAAGAAACAUAUUCUGAAGAAAAGUUAGACUCUGAGGAGUGCUCUGAAGUUAAUGACUCACAGUUGAACGAUUCAGUAGAUCAAAGAUCAAAUUUGAACAUUGGGGAAAGCUCUGAAGUUGAUGAAUCUCUGUUGAAUGAAUCGGUUGAUCAACAAUCAGAAAUGGUGCAGGAAAGCGAAGAGCAGAAUCCUCGAGAAACCAAAGGAGUUUCCGAUGAUAGUGAUGUUGAAAAUGAAAAUAGUGAUGAAGAUGAGGAGUAUGGAGAAGUUUUUUCAGAAUAUGUUGUUCAAAAGUCUUCGAAACAGAAAAGAUUUGCUGGGAAACACUAUGCGUCAAAAACUCUUGCUGCAUAUUUAUCUGUGUUUACAAAAUUCAGGAAUCCUAAAGCAAUUUACAAAACUGAGGAACUUCAAAAACUUUACAAAGAAUUAUUAAGUUAUCCUGAUCCAGUUAUUCAAAAACUUUCUUUUGACUGCCUCAUGACUUACAACUACAAGUAUUUGACUCCCUACAAAGAAAAUUUCUACCGAAUAUUAGACAACAAAACUUUCAAGACAGAGGUUGUACUGUUCAGUUUAGAUACUGAGAAUAAUAUUAUCCUAGAGGAGCACAGAAUAGAUGUACUUGCCGUUUUAAUGAGAAUACUUUAUGGGAAAAUGCUUCAUAAAACAGGCAACAAUACUACUGGGAAAUCACAAGCUAAUACUAGGAGGUCUUUAGUUCUUCGAUUUUUAGCUGGUUGCAAGGCAGAAGAAUUGAUUAUGUUUUUUGAUCUGGUAUUUUUGCCUUUCAAAGAACUCUUAAAAGAAUCAACGCUUGUGUCUGUGAAAAAUAUUCGACAAAGCUGUGAUUUGUCCUUUGUUGUGCCUCUACGUAGACAACAUAGUGUACUGAAUUCCUUAGGUUUGAUAUUGAAACAUCUGGGAAAUCUUGUACCUGAACUGCUCCCAUAUCUUCUUAAAGUACUCUUAGUCAUCACAGCUACCAGUACUGCACUCCUAGAGCGAAGAGAAGAAGUAUUGCCGCAUUGCAUAAAUAUUUUGAAAGCUGUUCGUACUUUAGCAGUUAUAAAACUCAUACAAUUUUUCAAGUCUUUUCCAAAGUAUGAUUUUCUGCCUGAAGAAAUUGAUGCAGUGUUUGAAAGUUUAGUUUGGCCUAUGGCUAAAAGACUAGAAUUUGAUUCUGUAAACCAACCCUCUCCCUUGUUGCGUUUGUUUGCUGCUUGGAGUGAAAAUCCAAGAUACUUUUGUUUGUUUGGGAAACAUCAUGAAUCAUCAAAAUUGUUUUCCCCUUUGCCUCAUAUGAUAGACCUGUAUGCAUCGGCAAAGACAAAGCCCAAGGUUAUUGGUGUCAUUUCUAAAAUUAUUUUCGAAAUGUUGCAUGAAGAACGCAACGUGCCAGAGGAUGCCUGUGAAAAUCUACCAACACUGCAUGUAAAUAAUGUGGAUAUACCUGCUUCUGCUUCGGAAGGAGAUGAAAAUCUGGGGACCAAGUUGUUGUUGCCUUUCAUUGACAAAAUUUUACUUAGACUUGAGUUAACAAUUACAAAUGCUGUCAGAAGAAAAUCAAAGAAAUCACUUUCCUCUAGAAAUCUAAAAAUUUUAUUAAAAUUGAGUUAUUAUGUGAAAGAUGGCCAACAGAGCUCAAAAUUAAUCAAUCUGCUUUUGCCUUUUCUGUUUAAAACAAAAAUGGAACCUGAAUCUGAAGUCUUGAUUUUAACAACUAUAUCUAAUUUGAUAAGAAAAGUUGAAAACCACUACUACUUUAUAAAAUUGUUCGCUCCCUUAUUUGGAAAAUUAUCCAAUCAAAACUCCCGAAUGUGUUUAGUUGAAAUAUUUUCAACUGUUGCAGAAUACCAUGAAGAGAUUAAACACAUUUGUACAAUUAUUUCUAUGAUAAAUGCAUUUGACUUAAGUCAAAUUGGUGAACCUGACUACCAAAAAAGGCUGGAUGGACACAAGGAAGCUCUGCGAAUUGUCCAGACUUGUAAAGAAGCUCCAGUGAAUGAAGAUUUCCUCAGGAUAAUUGUUUUAAAUUCUUCUUUCAUGAUUCGAAGUUGUAACGAUCUUGGUUUACGCAGUAGCUGUUCACAUUUAAUUCAAGAAUGUAUAAAAGUAUUUGUGGACUUGAGAGAGCAGUCUGAUGACCUCUUCCGGCUACUAAUCUUUGAUACAGUAUUAAAUGAAGUACAAAAAGGAUUAAAAAACUCUAGUGAAGCUGUUCAGCAUGAAUUCAUAGGAAUUCUCUCAACUCUUUUACAUAAUUGUAAAAAUCAUCCUCGACUAAAAGAAUUGGAGCUUCUUUGCCAUGAAAAUCAAGAUCUUGAUUUUUGGGAAAACAUUAAGCAUACACAGGUGCACCGUCGAGCCAGAGCUCUCCUUCAAUUUUCCAACAGUUUGAAGGAAACUAAAGAAGGCGAAAAAGUCAACUGUCAUUAUAUUCUGUCAUACAUGCUGCCUAUUGUCUCAUCGUUUCUGUUUAAUGAAGCAUAUAAUAGAAUUGUCCAUGUUAUAGAUGCUGCUAUUGAGACUCUGGGCAGUAUAGCUCAUGUUUUGCCAUGGCAGCACUAUGAACUGUUAUUAAAACAAUAUUUGGAUCUGCUAUUCAAAGAUUCUCAGCAUCACAAAACCAUUAUAAAGAUUGUAGUAGCACUUUUAGAUGCAUUCCAUUUCAAUUUAGAAAUCACAGAGAAUAACAUUGAUAACAUAAACGAAAGUUGUUCCAUUGAUCUCAAAGAAACUGAUCCUGUUCAGAAAGAAAAUACAGCUGAUUCUCAGGAAUUGUCUCCAGCAGCUGUGAAGAAAAUCACAAUUACAAUUAAGAAAAGCAUUCUACCAUUAUUGCAUCGAUCAUUAAUGAGAAAGACAAAACAAGACGAUGAGCACAAGUUGGCUGGUCAUUACUAUCCAGAAGAUGAAGAAAUAUUGCGUGUUCCAAUUGCAUUAGCAAUGGUUAAAUUAUUGCAGAAACUUCCUGAAAAUAGUUUGGAAAAAAAUCUUCCUGGAUUGCUGUUAAAAAUGUGUGGAUUACUGAAAUCUAGAACCGAAAGCAUUCGUGAAACAACCAGAGAAACCCUUGUUAAAAUGAUGCAGUCACUGGGCCCUAAGUAUUUUCAUUGCUUGUUAACUGAAAUGAAAGGUGUUAUGACAAAAGGAUAUCAGGUGCAUGUCAUGACUUUUACUGUCAAUGCAGUACUGCUUAGUAUUGAUGGACAGAUGAAAUCUGGAGACUUGGACAGUUGUGUUCAUGAUUUGACUCAGAUUUGCAAAACUGAAUUGUUUACUGAUAUGGCUGAAGAAAAAGAAGUGACUAAAAUUACUGGAAAAGUGAAAGAAGCUCGUAGCAUAAAAAGUUAUUCCAUACUUCAAAUACUUAGCAAAUAUGUGUCUGAAAAUCUUCUAUUAGAUCUUAUUAUGCCAUUAAAAGAGAUUUUGUUUCAAAAAAAUAGUCACAAAUCUUUGAAAAAAGUAUCUGAGUGCUUACGACAUAUUGCCGUGGGAUUGAGUGAAAACUCUGGUGUGUCUACUAAAGGAUACCUCAUUUUUACUUAUUCAAUUGCCAAUGAAAACAUUCCUGGACUUAAUCCGAAAAAGACAGUAACAAAAUCCGACAGUGCAAAAUUUCAACGUGAAGAUAUUUACUUAGUCCCUAAAGAACCAGGUAGAAGUGGACCGCCUUCGAAAAUAAACAAAAGAACUAAUGUGCAUAUUUUUGUUGAAUUUGGAUUGCAGCUUUUUAGUUAUUGCCUGAAGAAAGAUAAAUUUGAUAAAAACCAGCAAGAAAUAUUGGAAAUGUUAGACCCUUUUGUUCCUCUUCUAGCAGAAUGUCUUUCAUCAAACCAUGUGAAGAUUACAACUUCAUCAUUGCGUUGCCUUUUGCCUCUCUAUAAAUAUCCAUUGCCAUCUUUGAAAACCCUGACUAAAAAGAUUGUAAACUCAUUGUUUAUUCUUAUAAAUAAAUAUGCUGCUGUGGGGAUGGCCCAGGGGGACAAUUUUGAAAUGAUAGUGAUGUGCUUUAAAAUGCUUACAAUGCUGGUAAGAGAUACAAGUUAUCAUGAAUUAAGUGAAGAGCAGCUCCAAUCACUUCUUAGUUAUAUCGAACAGGACAUAUAUGACUACACUAGACAAGCAACAGCUUUUUCACUUUUGAAGGCAAUAUUGUCAAAAAAGUUAAAAGCACCAGAACUCCGAGGAAUCUUGAGUAAAGUUGCUGAAAUGGCCAUCACUGCAGAGCAGGAGUAUAUUAAAUCCCAGUGCAGACAAGUUUGUUUGCAGUACAUUCUGGAAUAUACUCAUAAAGAGACACAUCUUAUAAAGUCUAUUUCCUUCUUCAUAGCACAACUAGAGUAUACGCAUGAACCAGGUCGAAUUUCUGCAUUUGAGAUUGUAAAUUCGAUGUUAACUUCUUUCAAUGAUGAUGUUGUGAGAAAACAAGCUGCUCUUUUUCUUGUUCCUCUAGCAGCUAGAUUAGUCAAUGAUGAAUCUCCAAAAUGUAGAAAAAUGGCUGCCCAAUGUCUUAAGAAAUUGCUUGCGAAGGCUGGUCAUGAUGUAAGAAAUGCAUUGUUUUCAAUUCCUGCUGCAUGGUUACAAGCUAAAAAGAUGUCACAUAAACGUUUGGGCUUUCAAAUUUGUGGCCUCUUUGCUGAGGUUGAACAGCAAGAGUUUGAAACUCAUCUGUCUGAAAUACUGCCUGUUUAUAUUAGACUCAUAGAUAGUGAACAGGCUGAGGAGACAAAAAGUAGUACAGAUGAACGAUGUGCUGACCAUUUCUUGUACCACCAUUUAAAUUCAUUGACAAAAAUUUUGUCUCACUGCCAUGUGAUGAAGAACGUCGGAUUUCGAGUGCAGUUAACUAUUCUAUUUGAAAAAUUACAAGGACUUAUUUUGCACCCUCACAUGUGGGUUCGUUUAACAGUCAGUCAGCUAUUUGGAUUGCUCUUUUCGUGUUAUGAAGUUGAAGAAAUUCAAAUUGCUAUAUGUAAACAAGAUAAAUCUGUGAUUUUCUUGAAUAAUAAGCAAAAGCUAAGAGACCUAUCUGCUGAUUUUUCAACACAGCUUCAGAGUCCAUACUUAAAUGAAACUCUUGGACAACAAGUUAUUCGAAACUUAGUCUAUUUAGCCAGAGUCAUAUCAACAUUGCCUGAAUCUACUUGUAAAAAUACCGACUCGAAUGAUGUUGAAGUCACAUUAGUUUGGAUGGUCCGCAAACUGUGCCGUGAAGCAAAAAAAGAAGUUGCUGAAACUCCAGUGAAUUCUGAAAAGAGGAAAUGCGUUUUCAUGUUCAUUGCUGCAAUCGCUCAAAAAUUAGGAAAAGAAAGAUUAAUGCCUGUGUUAAGCAUAGCUCUUCUCCCAUUGUGUAGAGAAAUUUCUGAUGCUUCAAAACAUGCUGAUGAGGAAUUAAAAAAGAACGUGAAGGAAGUUUUGGAUCUUAUUCAGUCUGUGGUAGGAGUAGAAGAUUUUACAAAUGCUUAUACUUCGGUGCAAUCGGCUUUAUUAAAGAAAAAAGUAAAACGAAAACAAGAUAAAGCUAAAGAGGCUGUUACAGAUCCUGCAAAAUUUGCUCAGAAAAAAAUUAAAAAGCAUCUUAGCAAAAGGGAAUCUAAAAAAAGAAAAAUUAUGCUGCAGAAAGGUAAAAAGAAAGUAAAGAAAGCAAAGUUUACGGAUUUUGUUAUAUCAGCAUAGUUUGUACAUAAAUUAUUCCUUUGUAUAUACUUGUAUAUAAUAAUUAAAUUGAUACUUUUCU